GUCUCGUGUUCUUAUCAACGUCGUACCCGACAAAGCAGUGUAACCUGUGUGGGGUUACCAUUCUUCCAUUAGUCCUCUUCAUAGACUUUGGUGGAGCCUAAACUAAAAAACUAAUGAGAGCAAGUCCCACACUCAAGAUAUUCACCAAGAGUGAAUCCAGAACACACACAUAAAUAUAUAAUGUCAAUAUAUCACGUAUAUGAUUUGAAUCGGGGGCUAAAUGUCCCUAAACGAAGGACCAACUGCAGAAUAAUGGGAUUAGGGGCUGAAGUACAGAAGGUCUUACAUUGGAUUGCUCAGAGUGGCAAAAUUGGACUUUGUUUACUCUGGAUUAUUCUACAUUUGAUCAUCGGCAUAUGGUACUUUGCAGUCGAUAUAGUUCGUGCAAUUGAGAGUUAUCUUAUCUCUAGUGGUUUGUUUAAGAGGUACAAAGCCCUUGAUAUCAGCAAAGUCAGGUACCUGGCAAUUGUUAUAGACAGUGAAGAAGCUCGCCAGACUUCAAAGAUUAUUGAACUUUUGCGGUGGCUUGCAGCUAUUGGUAUAAAAAGUGUCUGCCUAUAUGAUCCAGAUGGAGUGAUGAAGAAAUUCAAGGAAGCCAUCAUGGCAAGGUUGGGUGAUGCAAAAUUAUCUGAGGAAGUUACUGUAAAUGAUCCACUUCUUGACCAAAAAUUUAUAGCUUUGGAAUUUGUUUCAUUCUUGGAUGGAAAGGAAGCAGUGGCCAAAGCAGCUAACCUACUUUUUGAUAAGUAUUACUUGGCUGGAGAUCAGGAAAAACCCAUCUUCACAGAAUCUAUCAUGGUUGAGGCAUUAAAGGCCAUUGGUUGUGUAGAGACGGAACCUGACCUUAUGUUAGUUUAUGGGCCUACAAGAUGCCAUCUGGGUUUCCCAGCAUGGAGAAUUCGUUACACUGAGAUUGUACAUAUGGGUCGAUUGAAGACCAUGAAAUGUGGUUCCCUAAUAAAAGCCAUUCACAAAUUCACAAUGGUGCGCCAAAACUAUGGUACAUAGGCCAGAACUUUUGAAGCAAAUUUGCUUAUGUGACCUGUGCAAGAGUAAGGAGUAUGGGAGAAUGUGGAAUGGGGUUUUUUGAGGUGGUGGUUUUCGUAUGUGGAUUUAGGUAUUGGUGGUUGGGGAUUUGAGGUGAUAGUGGUAGUUCUGGGUGUUGUUCGACUUAUAGCGCUUCAGUUGGUGAAAAUUUUGGGUUUUGGUAUUUAGGAGUGGGUGGGGGAUUGGUUUGAGGUGCUGGGUUUGUGGUGGUGGUGGAGGGCCGAGGGAGAGGAGAAGAGUUGCAGAUUUUUCAUUUUUGUUUUUUUUUUCUUAUGACUUUACUCUUUACGAUUUGUUUUUAAAAUCGUUUUAUUUUGUAAUUUUAUUAAGGAUAACGUAGGCAUUUUAACAAAGAUGUCUAUAAUUUGGUUAGUUGAUUUAGGGUUUACUUAUUGGAUGGGGUUGACUGUAAGUUGACCUUAAAUCUCUAGGUUUCUUUGUAAUUCAUAAAACCUCGUAAGAUGGAGUGUAUUUUUAUAAAUCUUAUGUGUUGUUAGUGUAAUUUGUUC